AUGCUUCCCCCACCCCCACCAACGAUCGGAACACCACGCACAAAAUCUAUAUUCUUUUUCUGCUUACUACUCUUAUUCAGCCUAGUCUCUCUUUCAUUUUCCGGCGACGCCACAGUCAUGUCCAAGCUCUUCGCCGCUAUCUCUCCGGCGCCCUCUGGCUGGUCCAUCUCCAAAGAUCACUGUACAUGGACUAAUGUUGAAUGCGCUAAGUCCACCGGCAGCGUAGUCUCCAUCAAUCUCGAUUCCCAGUCCAUUUCCGGUGAAAUCCCUUCCGAGCUCAAGCACCUCACGUCCCUUCGAUCGCUUUCCGUCCAGAACAACUUCCUCUCCGGGCGCUUGCCGUCUUUCGCAAAUAUGUCCAACCUUGAACAACUCUACUUAGAUAACAACAAAUUCAGCUCAAUCCCCAGUGGUUUCGUCUUGGGUGUUCCCAAUUUAAAGACUUUCAGCAUUUCAGAGAAUGGAAAUCUCGGCCCAUGGCAGAUUCCAAGCUAUUUGAUCGGAAGCACAAACUUGAAUGUUUUCCAUGCCAGCAACGCCAGUAUCACGGGAGCCAUUCCAGAUUUCUUCGAUUCUUUCCCGAAUCUUCAGAACCUGAGAUUAUCCUACAAUAACCUCACAGGACCUCUGCCCUGGUCGAUUGGGAGGUCCAAGAUACAGAAUUUGUGGCUGGAUAACCAAAAACAGGGGCUCUCCGGGACUAUUGAUGUGAUUUCCUCAAUGACCCAACUCUCCCAACUAUGGCUUCAAGGAAAUGCCUUCACGGGUCCAAUCCCUGACCUUUCCAAAUGCCUAAAUCUAUUCGAUUUGCAGCUCGGAGACAACCAACUUACCGGGGUUGUACCAGUUUCAUUAACUGGUCAUCCAAAUUUGGAGAACAUUACUCUUCAGAACAACAAAUUGCAGGGUCCUAUGCCUCUGUUUCGCGAUAAGGUGAAGGCCACUCUUGGGGAUACUAAUAGUUUCUGUAUAGAUACACCUGGACCUUGUGAUCCACAGGUCACUGCGCUUCUUGCCAUUGCUGGUGGUUUUGGGUAUCCAAUCACGCUUGCCCAAUCUUGGAAAGGGAAUGAUGCAUGCCAGAACUGGGCAUUUAUCACUUGUGAUUCGCAGGGGAAGAAUGUUACUACUGUGAAUCUUGGAAAUCAGCGUUUCUCAGGUACUAUUUCACCAAAUUUUUCGAAAUUGACUUCAUUGAGGAACCUCUAUUUGAAUGAUAAUAAUCUUACCGGUCCAAUUCCGGAAAACUUGACAACUUUGCCUAAUCUUCAAGUCCUUGACGUUUCUAAUAACAAUUUGUCUGGGCCUAUACCCUCUUUUCCACCUGCUGUAAAGAUUUCUAUUCAUGGCAACUUAUUUCUUGGGAAGAAUGUGAGCUCCAGUGAUCCAGGGAAUGGUGGUUCACCUUAUACAGUGCUGAAUUCUGAAGCUCCCGGCAAUUCAAUUGAAUACGCUCUUACAGUUGGCCUGGCUGCUAAAACUAUUAUAUUGUUUUUUGCAUUUUUUGUGCUCAAAAGUCUCACAGUGCUUGUGUGUUACAAGUGCCACGCCUGGAGGAAAGGCCUAUUUGUGAAAGUUGCUCGGAUGUCGAACAAUCAGACCGUGAGUACUAAUUCGGAGGCAAAAAAAAUUCCGGCCAAAAAAGCUGGAAUCGUGGCUAUUCCAAUCCAAGUUCUUCAAAAAGCGACCAACUUUUUCAGUCAAGAGAAUGUGUUAGGGAGUGGAGGAUAUGGAGUCGUUUACAUGGGUGAAUUAGAUGAUGAAACUAAAAUUGCUGUGAAGCGGAUGAAAGAUGGAGGAACACUUACGAAAAGAAUGAAUGAGUUCCAAGCAGAGAUCUCAUUUCUGAACAAUGUUAGGCAUAGGAAUUUGGUCACAUUGCUUGGUUAUUGCAUCAAUGAAAACGAGAGGCUUUUGGUGUAUGAGUACAUGCCACAAGGUACUUUGGGUCAUCAUUUGUUUGAUUGCCAAAAGCAUGGCUUUGGUCCUUUAACUUGGAAUCAAAGGGUAACAAUUGCAUUAGAUGUGGCUAGGGGGAUUGAGUAUCUUCAUAACUUGGCUCCUCAAAGUUUUAUUCAUAGAGAUAUAAAGUCCUCAAAUAUUCUUCUCAACAAUGACAUGAGAGCCAAGGUUGCGGAUUUCGGGUUGGUCAAAAUGACUUUGGAUGGCAAAUCAUCUGUUGAUACGCGAGUAGCCGGGACAUUUGGUUAUCUUGCACCAGAGUAUGCUACUACGGGACGAGUCACAAAAAAAGUAGAUGUUUAUGCAUUCGGAGUUGUUUUAAUGGAGUUAAUCACAGGUAAAAAAGCAGUCGAUAAGACGUUGGCCAAUGAAAUGUGUCAUUUAGUCACAUGGUUUCACAAGGUUAUUAGAAAAAGUCAUAACCUUCGGAAUGCUAUUGAUCCAACUCUUGAUCAUGAUGAGCAAAUAUUUGAGAGCAUUUCUAAGGUUGCAGAGCUAGCAAUUCACUGCACUGCUAACAAAUCUUUUGGGCGGCCAGAUAUGGGACAUGUUGUUAAUGUCCUUUGUCCCUAUGUACAACAAUGGAGACCUUUGAGACUGGAAGAAAUAAAUGAAAAGUGUGGUGGUGUUGACAUUCAUAUGAGCCUUCCUCUCGUGUUUGACUAUUCAUCUACUCAAAAUUUGUCCUCCAUAGAUACAAAACUUUAUAAACACCGUCCUAGGCGCAGCGCACAAUUUUAAUUUUUGGAAUCAUUAUAUUUUCUUAGAUCAAUGUUAGUUUUGAGUAUUGACAGUGUUUAUUGUCAAAAUAUUCUUGUUUCCUUGUUCUCAUCACAAAA